AUGGCUUCAGUUCAUUCAAACGACGAAGACCUUGAAACGAAAGAGAUGGACACUAGAAGUAUGUCAUCUUCUCGCAAUCAUUCACAGGGCACACCUUACAUUCACAAAGUAGGACUUCCCCCAAAGCAAAAACUCUUCAAGGAAUUCACAAACACCAUCAAAGAAACAUUCUUUUCAGAUGAUCCUCUAAGGCCCUUCAAGCAUCAGCCAAAGUCGCGAAAGUUCAUCCUUGGCGUGCAGGCCAUCUUCCCCAUAUUUGAAUGGGGGAGAGGAUAUGAUCUGUUGAAAUUUAGGGGGGAUCUAAUUGCUGGACUGACUAUUGCUAGUCUCUGCAUCCCUCAGGACAUUGGCUAUUCAAAACUUGCAAACUUGGCUCCCCAGUAUGGAUUGUACUCGAGCUUUGUUCCACCGUUGAUCUAUGCUAUCAUGGGCAGCUCAAGAGAUAUAGCCAUCGGACCUGUGGCUGUGGUGUCUCUGCUGUUGGGUACCUUGCUCCGGAAUGAGAUUGACCCCACUACAAAUCCAGUAGAUUACCGGAGGCUGGCGUUCACGGCUACCUUUUUUGCUGGGAUCACCCAAGCUACCCUUGGGAUUUUGAGGAUGGGGUUCUUGAUUGAUUUCCUAUCUCAUGCUGCCAUUGUUGGAUUUAUGGGCGGAGCUGCCAUCACAAUUGCACUCCAACAGCUUAAGGGUUUUCUUGGCAUAAAGAAUUUCACAAAGAAAACUGAUAUUGUCUCUGUAAUGCAAUCAGUAUUUCAGUCGGCGCAUCAUGGGUGGAACUGGCAGACAAUGGUCAUUGGAGCAUCAUUUUUAACGUUUCUUUUGUUUGCCAAAUAUAUUGGAAAGAAGAAGAAGAAUCUCUUCUGGGUCCCAGCAAUUGCCCCGCUGAUAUCGGUUAUCCUGUCCACCUUUUUUGUGUACAUAACUCAUGCAGAAAAGAAUGGGGUUGAAAUUGUGAGACAUAUCGAAAAAGGAAUCAAUCCUCCAUCUGUGAAUGAGAUAUUUUUUACCGGGGACUAUCUCGCGAAGGGUUUUAAGAUUGGUGUUGUGGCUGGGAUGAUAGCAUUAACAGAAGCUAUAGCAAUUGGAAGAACUUUUGCUACCAUGAAGGACUACCAACUAGAUGGAAACAAAGAAAUGGUAGCUCUAGGAACCAUGAACAUUGUUGGCUCAAUGACUUCCUGCUACGUGUCGACAGGUUCAUUCUCUCGCUCGGCAGUGAACUACAUGGCAGGCUGCCAAACUGCAGUCUCUAAUAUUGUGAUGUCCUGUGUUGUUUUCCUGACCUUGCAAUUCAUUACACCUCUUUUUAAGUACACCCCAAAUGCCAUUCUCGCUGCCAUCAUUAUAUCUGCUGUGAUCAACCUAAUCGACUUCCAAGCAGCAAUCCUUAUAUGGAAGAUUGAUAAAUUUGAUUUUGUGGCUUGCAUGGGAGCCUUCUUUGGUGUAAUCUUUGCAUCUGUUGAGAUAGGCCUCUUAAUAGCGGUCUCAAUAUCAUUCGCUAAAAUCCUCUUACAAGUUACCAGACCACGGACUGCAAUACUUGGGAAGAUUCCUAACACAACUGUGUAUAGAAACAUCCAACAAUAUCCAGAAGCAACCAAGGUUCCAGGUGUUAUGAUUGUGAGAGUUGAUUCUGCAAUUUACUUUUCUAACUCCAACUACAUUAAGGAGAGGAUAUUGAGAUGGUUGGCGGAUGAAGAAGAACUGCUAAAAGAAGCAUACCUACCAAGCAUUGAGUUUUUGAUAGUUGAAAUGUCACCUGUGACUGAUAUCGACACCAGUGGCAUUCAUGCCCUAGAAGAGUUGCAUAGUAGUCUCCGAAAGAGAGACAUUCAGCUUGUUCUUGCAAAUCCUGGUCCAGUGGUGAUUGAUAAGAUUCAUGCAUCCCAUGUCGCAAACUUGAUCGGUGAAGACAGGAUUUUUCUCACGGUUGCAGAGGCUGUCUCAUCCUGUUCUCCAAAAUUGGUGGAAGAAGCUUGA